CCCGCUGCAGACGGAGCCGCCGUCUAGAUGGCUGGAAACAACGGGGACUAGCAGUUGAUAACAGCGGAUUUACUGCAUUACACAAGCCUUAAAGAGCGAGACGGCUCUCGCGGAGUGGACGUUAAUGCGGAUUAUGGUCUAGCAUCUCCCGAGUGAGGCUGCCGGACUCAGACAGAAAGUAGCGCCGCAGCCGCGACACCAGCCAGCGAACUUGGCAUCUCUGCGCCGCUGGAGGUGUCUGUCUGCCCGGCUCCUGUUCCCUGCCUGUCCCGCUCGCAUGGCCUCGUUUAAAAUCGUUGUAGAUACGUCAUGUUUUUGUAAUUAAAUUGCUCUCUUUCUUUUGCUAUUUUUUUUUUUUUGUGUGUAUUUUUCGGCAACCAACUGUGGCUUUAAUGUGACGUACCACACUGACAUUCGUGCUGAGUGUCUGAGGGAGAGGACCCCCACUGCAGAGGAGUUUAAAAGCUCUCUUCCACAAGUUUUUUUUUUUUAUUUUCUUUCAUAUUUCAAGAGUACCAACUGACGGUAUGCGAUAGUGAGAAAGUCCUCAAGCAGACCAAGCCGGGCCGGGCUAGGCCCACCUAGCCUUUUGGCUGGCCUGACGGGGCCACCAACCUCUCCAGGCAGCGCCUGCAUCCAACAGGCUGAGGACUAAGCUUCAUAUCAGGCUCCAACCAAUCAAACUCCAGUCCUUUUCUUAAGAUAACAUUUUGAGAGGCCAUACUGGUUUGUUUGAUCAACCUCCAGUCUUUCCAUGUUUUGGUUGUCCCGGUCUGGAUGUUGGACGCAGGAUGGAUGUGGAUGUUGAUUUGAUCACUGAUAUCACAUUGCAGUGCUUGCAGCGCUCCCUCUCUGACUGCCUUUCGUCCCUCCCCUCCCUUCCUCUCACCUGGGGCUUCUUUGAGCCCUGUAUGGAAGGGCCUUACAGGGAUUGCAGGUCGUUGUGUUAAAACUGUUGAAGCUGCCAACAGGAAGCAGCAUUAACAAACUUUCUUGGGAUUAGAUCAUUCAUUAGAAAGGUAUUUGGUUUCAAAAAGAUCUUUGUGCCCAUUUUCAGAGUUUACACAACUCGUUUUGUCCAAUUACUCACAUAAAAACCUUAUUUAUUCUUAUUUUUUGUGGUCUGAGCCUAGAGAAAGAAUGUCUGAAAGCAAAGGCAACAGCAAAGCGGUAAAAUUCAUUGCCCCACUCCCCCCUGAGUCCUCAACCUCCACCUGCCCGUCCCCUCAGACCCCCCACAAGAAUGUGAACGGCUCUGCCAGUUCAGACUCGCACGUCGUGGAGAAGCUCCUCGGGCAGCCCGAGGUGCAACGCCGACGCCACACCAUGGAUAGAGACUCCAAAACGGCCGAGCACCGCUUCUUCCGGCGGAGUGUCAUUUGCGACUCCAACGCCACAGCUUUGGACCUUCCCAGCAAAGCCGCCGUGAUACUCACCUCACCCCCAGACUGUGAACAGACCCUAUCCUUCUUGUCUUUGCAGCUUUCAGUGCCUAGAGAACAGGAGGACACCAGAGGUUCUUCGCUGAUAAUCGCGGGCCCUCAGCCUUACUUUACGCUUGGCGGGGCAGUCCCACAGGAGCGCGUAGAAAAGGCAGAGGGAGAUUUAGGUGUUCGUGAAACCACGGUCGUUGAUUCCACCAUUAGCAGUACUGAUCCCGGUGCAGGCGGGGCCGUUAAAGAACCCAUCCCAACAGUAUUGGACGUUUCGGACAAGACGACAGGCAAACAGCCUGAGGUUACAUUGCGUCCCAGAGGGCUGGUGGAGACGCAGCCGGUGGCAAAAGAUGGGAAGGCGGGUGAAGACACAAGCGAGGGGAGCACUACUAGUCCAACUGAGGAGAAGGACAAGGAGAUAGCCAAAGCGCGGGCGGAGCAGAGGGAAGUGGAGAAACGAGUACAAGAUGAGAUAGAAGAGGCUGAGACGAAAGCUGUAGGGACUUCACCAGAUGGACGCUUCCUGAAGUUUGACAUCGAGAUUGGAAGAGGGUCUUUUAAGACGGUGUACAAAGGACUGGACACGGAGACUACAGUGGAAGUGGCCUGGUGUGAGCUGCAGGAUCGUAAGCUGUCCAAGUCGGAGCGUCAACGGUUCAAAGAGGAGGCUGGGAUGUUGAAGGGUCUCCAGCAUCCCAACAUUGUCCGCUUCUAUGACUCCUGGGAGGGGCCUUGCAAAGGAAAGAAAUGUAUUGUCCUCAUCACUGAGCUCAUGACAUCUGGCACAUUAAAAACUUACCUGAAGCGUUUCAAGGUGAUGAAAAUCAAGGUUCUGCGUUCUUGGUGCCGACAGAUCCUCAAAGGCCUUCACUUCCUGCACACCAGGGCUCCUCCCAUCAUUCACAGGGACCUGAAAUGUGACAACAUCUUUAUCACGGGGCCAACAGGCUCGGUGAAGAUAGGAGAUCUGGGUUUGGCCACACUGAAGAGGGCUUCUUUUGCUAAGAGUGUCAUAGGUACCCCAGAGUUUAUGGCUCCAGAGAUGUAUGAAGAGAAGUACGAUGAGUCCGUAGAUGUCUACGCCUUUGGGAUGUGUAUGCUGGAGAUGGCUACCUCAGAAUAUCCCUACUCUGAAUGUCAAAAUGCUGCUCAGAUCUACAGACGGGUAACGAGUGGAGUGAAGCCGGGCAGUUUUGACAAGGUCGCCAUUCCUGAGGUGAAGGAAAUUAUAGAUGGCUGCAUCCGAACAAACAAAGAUGAGAGGUAUGCCAUAAAGACUCUGCUGAACCAUGCGUUCUUCCAGGAGGAGACGGGAGUCAGGGUUGAACUGGCAGAGGAGGAUGAUGGGGAAAUGAUUGCUAUCAAACUGUGGCUCAGAAUAGAAGACGUCAAGAAGCUCAAAGGGAAAUACAAAGACAACGAAGCCAUCGAGUUCUCCUUUGACCUGAAUAAAGAUGUCCCGGAAGAUGUGGCGCAGGAAAUGGUGGAGUCUGGCUAUGUUGCUGAAGCUGACCAUAAGACCAUGGCCAAGGCCAUCAAAGACCGCGUGUCUCUGAUUCGAAAGAAGAGAGAACAGAGGCAGCUGGUACGAGAAGAACAAGCAAAGAGAGAACUGGAGGCAGAGCAACAACAGCAGCAAGAGGCGUUCAAGGCAUCCCACCCACAGGCAGAGACGGAAGAGACCGAAGUGGAGCAGCAGCAACUUCACUAUCAGCAAAGCGGCAUCUCUCACACAUGUAAGACUAGAAACGCUGAAGGAGGUUUGGACAGCGGACAGGGUUCCUCAGUUUUCUCCUCAGAUUCCCCUCACCUGGGUCACCUGAACAUGUCAUACAGCUGCCUCCCCUCCUCCCAGCCCCCUUCCCAGCCCCAGACCCCAUACCCCCCAACUCCCUCUGCUGUCUCCCAGCAGCACCCGGGCUACACCCAGUCGCCGCAGCCAAUGCCUGUAUCACGCAUCCAUCGAGGUCGUAGCAUGUCUAUUUGCGUGCCCCCUUCCUCCUACUCCUUUUCACAUGCUCCUUCACCCCUGGCCGUUCCUCCAAAACAGCCCACCACACCUCCUCCAGACCUGUCCUCCUCCACAUCCCCCUUCAUACCUCUCUCGGCUGAGAGGGACACUUUUGCUGGGCGCCUCUCCAAGGCCCUGGAGACACUCCUACCCCUUCACUCAGCCUCUUCUCAGCCCAGUGCCAGGCAGCGGAGGGCCAGCCUGCCUGCUCUGUUCUCCACCCCUCAGCAUUCAAUGCCACAUCCGUUCAGUGGAGGAGCAAGCUCAGGUGCAGGAGGCACAGGAGGGGGGAUCCCUCUCCCAGCUUUCGCAGACCCCCCAACUAUUUUCUUUCCGUCCAUCCCUGAGCGCCCAGUUUCCUUCUCACCUCCUCCCAUUGGGCCCCCAAAGGCUUACAACACCCAGAGGCGCAAAAGCACCUCCAUUCUGGAGGCGCACACCCGACAAUUCCAGCCGGCUUACACUCGUUACGGGAGCAGCCUCCACCCAUUUUCUGGGAUGGAAGGUGCUGAGACUCCCUCUCUUUUUAUGGUCAAUCCUGGUUUUGCAGCAGCUGCGCAAAGACUUGGUGUCGGGGAACCUUUACAUCUCCCAGGACAAUCUGACCCAAGUUUGUAUGGCUUUAAAGACAUGAGAGCCGAACACGAGGAAGCAGUGAGGCGACUCAGUCUGAAUCAAGCUGCUUUAUUGGACCAUUAUGAAGCAAUGGCAUAUGGAGCAUAUCCCAUGACUGCACACCAGCUUGGACACUUGACUUUCCAUCAUCAGAGGCAGGCAGCAGCUGCAAGUUUGGGCUAUGAUCCUGGUCCUCCAUCUCAGCCUGGGUUCCUGCACCCACACAUGAUGCAAAGAAUGACAGCACACAGCCCAAUACCUACAACCUUACCCCCUAUGGGUCCACCAGCUGGUGGCUCUGUUUCUUCUUCUUCAUCAGAAGGAUGCUAUCCUCCACAGCAUGCUUCCUCGUCCUCCUUCCCUAUUUCUGCACCUCCAGUAAUGGCAGAAGCUCCCCCGCCGGCUGGAAGUGUGUUCGACUUUCAUUUAGCUGCAGCUGCAGCUGCAGCUGCUGCUGCUGGCGACCCAAGCAUACUGGCUUCUAGACUUUACAGAGCUCGAAGGAGCUCCAUGGACCUUCCUCUGGAGGACAGCUCUGGAACAGGAUCCGGUGGCUCGGGAACAUACACGCGUCUCCAGCCAGUGACAGAGGAGCUAUACGCAUACAUCAGCCCGGAGCUGCCCUUACCUCCUGGAAGUCUGCUUCUUCACCAUCCAGGUGUAACCACAAAAGACAGAAGCCCAGAACCCUCUAGUGACUCUCUUGCUUCAUCCGAUACAGGAGAAUUCCAGUCGCCACCUCCCCCACCUGUCAUUCCUGCCUUUGACUCCUCAGAAGCUCAGUCUAUCCCUCGCUCAUCCUCCACUUCACAUUACGAUUCACCAGGGGGAGUGCAUCACAUCGAUCCCCAGGGACAUCCACCUUCAGUGCAGAUGUUUUUCCCUCCCACUCCAUCUUCUGAGUUCCCGCCCGGGGGAACGUCAUCCACUCAGCUGGAGUCUCUGAUGCAGAGUGCCUGGGCCCGGCAUGGAGGGGUGGUGCCAGCUCAACCCAAUAUGACAUACCACGAGUCAUUGCUGGCCAUGCAGGCUGCUAACCCCCCUCUGCAGCAGGUUCAGGCCCCCACAUCCCAGUCAAGUACAGGAACCCCUGCCACCCAGCCAACUGCUCAUGGAGCAUCCCAACAGGUCGUGUCCUCAAGUCAGAGUAGCACGUCUCUCCAAAGCCCCACUCACACAACUCUCAUACAACAGGUUCCUGCACAGCCCAGUGUAGCUCCGCCCACCUCUGCCAUUCCCUUGGCGGCCCUCCCUUCUCCAUCGCCUUCUAUUGCUGUUGCCAUGCCGACAGUAAUUAUGGCCUCUUCUAUCCCUCCUCGGCCAAGCCCCGUUGGGGUGGUUCCCACAAUCAUUUCCCCUCCUUCUCCUCCUCUUCCACCUGUGUCUCAGCCUUUGGCCACCAUGGUGCCAAUCAUCAGUGUAGUCACCGCCCCACCCGAUCCCCCCGUGGAAGCACCUGCCAAGUCGGCUUCCCAGUCUUCAGAGCUGUCUCAGUCGCAGCUACAGCCACCUCAGGUUCUCUCGUCUGUAGAGAGCGGCCACUCCGAGGCUUCGGGCCUAAGUGACGGCAAUGAGGGAGGAGGAGGCGGUCGUCACGAUAGUCGCUCCGCCAAAAAACAUCAGAGACGCUCCGUGCGAAGUCGAUCUCGUCAUGACAAGAUUUCCAAAGCAAAGCUCAACGUUCUCAAUAUUUCCAACCUUGGAGACAGGGUAGCAGAGUGCCAGCUGGAGACUCACAACAGGAAGAUGGUGACUUUUAGGUUUGACCUGGACGGGGACAACCCAGAGGAGAUUGCCCAGAUCAUGGUCGAGAGUGAGUUUAUCCUGGAAAGUGAGCGGGAGUCAUUUAUCGAGCAGGUCAGAGAAGUCAUUGAGAAUGCUGAUGAGAAGGGUCUGGAAAGAGACACAAACAGUCAGCUGGCAGGUGACAAGGAAGAGCAGAUUCCUAUAAUGUCCACCCCUAUGCCAGGUAUCCCUCCCAGUGCAACAGCACAAGUGGUCCACUCAGCAGGGCGGAGGUUCAUUGUUAGCCCCGUACCAGAAGCAAGGCUGAAGCAACAAGCGCUUCACCCCUCCCCUUCCCAUACCCCUUCCCCUCUUGCUGAAACGGCUCCAGCUCAGACUUCUCUCCAAAGUUUGGGAUUGUCCCAGUCUGCUGGAAAAAUCGGCUUGCAGCAAGCCUUCUCUGAACUGAGGCGGAACCAGAAUCAGUUUGAUCCAGGACCCAGCACGGCCCCAGCCUCCAUCCACUCCACCCAUCCUCUGCAGCCCGUAGCAGCUUUGGUCCCCUCAUACAGUAGCACAGCCAUUCCUAGUGUGGAUGCCUCUUCUGGAUCUCUCCCUUCUAAUCUGAACCAGGCAAAUGAACAGGUCCCGGAGAGCCCUGUUCCUCCUCUUUCCUCAUCUUCCACCCUCUCCUCUGUGCCCUCUCUCUGUCUCAGUCCUCCUUGUACCUCGUCUCCUCCUCCUUUGGUAAAUCAGCCUGUCGUUCAGUCACAAGUGCUUCCUCAGCUAGUGAUGCAGGCUGUGUCCCAACCACAAGCCCAGGGUCAUGCACAGAUUCAGCCCCAGGCUUUUACCCAAACGGUUUCUGCUGUCACUGCUACUUCUGUACCUUCCACUUUACCAACAGCAAGCAUCUCCAGCAUUCCCCCAACAAUGCUAACCUCACCUCCUCCUGCCCAAUCUCCUUCCUUCAUGUCCUCGCCUCCCACUUCCACUCUUGCAGGCAGUGAAGUCUCAUCUGAUCAUCCAUCAGUCUCUCCCCCUGCCUCUGCUACGUCUCCCCUCUCCUCCUCCAUCGCCCCCACCGCUGCCAUCCCAGGUCACCAGCAUGCUCCCUCUGCCCCCACACAGCCUGCUCCCCUUCCCUCCUCCUCCUCCUCUGUGGAAGUUCAGCCAGUGACCACAAAAGGACCUUCAGUCCAGCCAACUUUGGUCCACUCACAACCACAGACUGUAGCCCUGCCCGGGCAGACUCACUCACACUGUGGGGAAUGUGAUACGAGGAGUGAUGCCUCCUCUGAGUCCCAGGGCAAACCAGAUGACAUUCAAGCUCUGGACAAGAAGCUGAGGUCUCUCUUCAUGGACCUCGGCGGAGGAGUCCCAUCCAACCAGGCAGACAUUGCAGCUGCUGACCUGGCCUCAGGAGCCGCCGUGCCAGGUACCUCGUCCCCCGUAGGCCCCUGCUCUACCUCCACCACAGCUGCCACAGCGCCUGGCUCCAGCCAGCAAGGCAACCCUCCUCACCCCCCUUCCAGCCUCGUGCUGGGCUCGCUGAGCUCACCUGCACAGAUCCAGGGCCCUGGAACACCCAUCUCCAGCCCUGCACAGACGGGCAUCCCUGCCUCUUCCUUAAGCCAGACCACUCCAUCCAAAACGCCCUUAUCAAGAGUAUCGGCCGCUUCUCCUUCCUCAGAACUCCUGACAUCCUUCCCUGGACCUUGUCUAAUACAGUCCCAGCAGCCUCUGGAAGAUCUGGAUGCCCAAUUGAGGCGAGCACUGAGUCCAGAAACUGUUCCCAUCUGCUCUCUCGCACAGGCAUCUCACGGUAGUGUGGCCUCAGUAGGACAACCAAUUCCCUUUUCUCUGGAGGACGAAAUAGCACCUUCUCCUUCAUAUCAUCCUCCUGUAUCUAGAAUACAGUUGGGAAGAUUUCAGGUGUCUGCUGCUGAAGAGCCUGCUGUCCAGCAUCCAGCCUGCACUGAAUCUUCCUCCACCACCUCCUCCACUUCAUCUUCCUCCUCGUCGUCCUCCAGCCUCUCAAGCCCAGAAAAUACUUUGCACAAAGACUCCUCGUCUCCUCUGAGAGGGGGGGGAGGGCAAGGUGGAGAUGUUGUGGAUGGACUCCCCCAAAGGACUCCAACAGGUUUCCGACAAACCUCCCCUUUCACUUCCCCCUGCGCGUCCCCCAGGCCCGCCACGACCAUCGGACGCUUCCAGGUUACCACCAAGCCCGAGGCCCGCGUGGGUAGGUUCUCAGUGUGCCGCGCUGAGGAGCAGAGCCUUGAGCCCGGUCUGAGUCCCCCACCUGCUGCCAAGGCUGCUAACGGACCCAGUGAUCCUGGCCAGCUUUUGUCCCCAGACUCCAUUCACAAAGCCUCCUUGCCGAGCCUGAACAACUCCUUCAAUAACUCCUACAUCAGCAGCGACAAUGACUCAGAAUUUGAGGAUGACGACUUCAAACGGGAAGUCAACCGCCUCAGAGAAAAGCACAUGCGAGAGAUUCAGGCCCUGCACUGUCGCCAGAAGGACGAAAUAGACUUUCUUUUCACCAGGCUGGGAAAGGUUCCUCCAGCUGCAGUGAUGCCUCCAGUUAUCCCACUGACUGGCAGGAGACGUCGACCCACCAAAAACAAGUCUUCAAAAUCGUCCAGAGCGAGUUCCACGCAUGGCAGCCGGAGUCCGUUACACCCAGGCAGCACUUUAUCCACCCAGAGCGUCCCGGUCAUGUACCCCGGCCAGCUGGCUCUGUUAGCCCCGGGAGGAUUAGCCGAGUCGGGCAGCAGCACUGUGCUCCAGCCCCUCAAACCUUCUCCCUCCAGCGACAACCUGUGUUCAGCCUACACCAGCGACGCAGCUCUCUCUGUGCCCAGCCUGUGCGCUCAAACCCCAGGCUGUGUAAAGUUCAGCUGGGGUUCGGAGCGUUUGGCCUUCAAGCCUGGUGGCAGGAGGACGCGCUUUCUGAGGAAGAUGGUGAAAAAAGUCUGCCCCUGCAACCAGCUCUGUAGGACUAACAGCACGAAUGCGGUCCACGGUUCAGGUGGUUUGGGUCAAAGCCAGGGGGGCUCGCAGUCUCUGCCAGCCAACAUGUCGGCCCCGAUCCAGAAGAAAGGAACAUUCACCGAUGACCUGCAUAAACUGGUGGACAACUGGGCCAGAGACGCCAUGAACCUCUCACAGGGUAAGAGGAGUGCCAAACUACAGCAGCAGGCCCCAGUUCAAGGACACAGCUAUGAGGUCAUCCAGUCAGCCAGUCUGGGCAGGAAGUUCUCCGCUCCCAGCCAGCUCUGUCCCAGCAGCAUCGGAGGUUCCACCCACCUUCCUGCAAACCCCACCGCCGCUACCUCUCUCGCUGGCCGCAAAGGCUCCUUGUGCCACCCUCCUGCCUGCUCCACUCCACCUCAGCUCCAGCCUCCCCAGUUCAUCCACUACACUCCGACUGCAGCUUAUAGCGCGCAGUGGUCCGGUCCGGCUCACAGCCUGUCAAACCCACACCAGGCAGCAGCGCAGCCUCUGCUGGUAAGCACUUCCCAACCGCUGGGCCCCUACCCCGCCCCGCAGGGCCAGAUUCCGGGGCAGGGCCCGCUGCAGGCUUUCCAUCUGACCAACACUCUGCAGAAGUCAGUCAGCAACCCAGGAGGGCCCAACUUAAGGACCACAUAGGGCUUGUAGGUGGAUUUUUGGGACUGGCGAGAACAGAAGAACCCGAAGGGGUGUGGAGAGCAAGAAGUUAAAAUGUUGGAAGAUUAUCUUUUUGACCGGAGGAAUCUGUCCAUCUCCACAUCCCUUCCGGUCAUAUUGAGAAGAAUAAAGGAAAAGACUUGUGUGCAAUGUUAUUAGGCCAAAGAAAUGGUUACGGCAGGGUGUUGGAUCGGUGUGGGCUUUUACAUCUGGGUCACAGCUGUUCCAGGUCACGCUCUGGAUGUUCCUUACGAGUCCACAUAUGACGAGGUACUAUGUAGCCUCGCUAGAUGGUGACGGGAACAUUUCAUCGAGCAUAGGAGGGAGAAGAUAUCCAACUUUAGCCUUUCUGUCUAACUUUACUGGGAAGAUUGUUAUCUGGGUGAGGCCGAUGCAUCCAAACUUUACAAAUCAGCAGUCUUAUUCAGUUAAAAUUGCAAUAUUAAAGUGUUCUCACUGUUUAAAAAAAAAAAUAGAUGAAACAAUGCUGUUCUUCACUAAAUUUAAUGAUCAGGGUGUUUGUUGCGUUUACAUGGCAGUUGUUUAGUGUUCAGUUUCACUGAAUAAGGCAGUGUUUUAGACAGAAACACAUACACUUGGUGAUGAAAAGUAAAUAUUUAAAUUGUAGCAGAUGAAAGCUCAAAUGUUCGAUGAGAGCGGGCAAAAGUGUCUGAUUUUAGUAUAUCAUCAAAAGCACAAAAAUACAUGAAGGUCAGUCCAAAUGAGUGCAUAUUGAGAACAGGUGUAGCCCAGCAAUCUGUAGAUUCGGGACUUCUCUUUUACCUUCUGUGUCUUGUUUUUCCCCUCCCGCUGAUUAACUGCUCAAAAAAAGAUGGAGAGAGAUGGAGGAACGAAACCAAUUCACCGCUUGCUUCAGGAUCGUGCUCCAACGGGCAAAAACAGAUGCUUCAGCAUGCCGAACGGCCCUUCACGAUCAUCCACCUCUUCCUCCAUCCCUCUCUCCAACUCUCUGUUGCCAUUUGAAGCAAUAACAGCAGUAACCUUUUAGAGGAGAAAAAAAAAACAAAAAAACCGCCCAAACAGGAGGGAACUUGGUGUGGAAAAAGUGGCCUUGUUAUCAGAAUAAUGUCAGAGUCCUUGUACAGUUUGUGUCUUGUUUAUUUUUGUCGAAUGUCAGCUAUGAUGAUUCCAUUUUUGUUGUUCAUUUUGUUUGGUUUGUUUUUGCUUGCUGCCCUCAGCUAGCAAUCCAACACACAAACACUCUCAAAAUGCAUGACAUUUAAGUGCAAACACACACACACACACACACACACACACACGGAGGUGUAAAUACACUCGCACAUCACUGGAGGUGCAGCAGCAGCAGUUUAACCGUUCUUAGUGUCAUAACUAGUUUGGUUUCAACAUUCUGGUUGAAAUGAUUGCAAUGUACAUUACUCUCAUGAUUGUUGUUAAUGAUUAUUCUAUUUAAAAACAAAAACAAAAAAACAUGUUCUGUCAAUGGACCUGUUCUACGUGCACAUCGCUGUACGAUGUGGAGACACUGUGAUUAUUAUUGUUGUUUAUUAUUAGAAAAUGUUGUUGGGCGACAUUAGUUUAUAGGGUAAUGUGUAAAAAAAAAAAAAAAAGAAUCUGAGCAGUUUGGGGUCCUUUUUGACUUUCAGUUCAAACAAUUCUCAUCAAAAUGUGAAAACCGACUCUUCUUUUCAAUAAGCGUCCCGCCAUGCAUCUACAGAGGACACACUUAGCAAUGCCUUAGCAACAACUUGCCAACCGCUGACUCCGUUCAUCUUCUUGGCUGAUUGAACUGAAAGUCGAACUUGACCUCCUGAGCAUAAAGACAAACCCCAAGCAAACGUCAGGAUAGUUGAUAUUUAGAUAUUAAAAUAAAGCUAGCUAUUUUUUUUUCUUUUCUAAAUACAGUACUUAUAUAUCAGACACUUUAAAUAGCCCACCUCUUCCCUCUCUGCCCUGGUUUUGUUAGAUGAAUGUGAAUGUAUAAACCAAUGGUAUCCAUUUUAAUGUACUUGAAAAACCUUUUAUCGUCGCCGUCUUGCCCCCUUCCCCCAAUCACUUACAGUGCCUUGCAUCCUCCUUGUUGCUUUUCCGUUGGGGGUCGAGGACAGGGUAAAGUCAGCGGUGAUGGUUGGACGUGGUUAGCGGGAGUAGUGCCUGCAGUAGUAACAGCGAGUGUGUGAAAGAGAGCGUGUGAGUGUUUUAUUUUGCGUGUUUUUUUUUUUUUUCUUUUUGGAUUAAUUCUGAUGAGUGUAUUUUCUGCAACUUGCAGUUGAAUGUCUCCCCUUGUGUUGGAUGAAAAGAUAAACGGUAGAACCGAUAGGAAGAUGAAUCCACCUACACUCUGCUGCUGGUCAUGACCAAAAACAGCAGACGGUUGGAAAAGGCCGGCUUUGUCCCGUCAGUGUUCUUUCCAGUGUCGUCGUGUUUUUAUGGAGGGACUUAUUGAAGAUUGUAUUUGAAGCUUGGACCACUCUGUACUGUGCAGGUGCAGCUUAAAGCUUCAAGUGUAACACAGAACCCCAUUUUAGUGUCAACUUCCAAAGUUAGCCAGAAACCUGAUGUGGGUUAGGAUGACGUCCUCUUAUUGAUCCGGUGGUUUGAUGGUAGACGUGGAGCUGUCCAGUGCUGAAGUCCAGCAGGUACCUUGUCUUGGUGCACAAUUUUAUCCAGUGAAAAGAGGAAGUUAUCAUUGUCCUUUAAUACAAAAAAGCAGUGUUUUAAAAACACAGUAUUUGGAGAAAAAAUUAAUUAAACAUUCAAUAAUUCAGCAAUGUAAAAAGCUCAGUCUGACCACAGUAAUUCCUAUUAGAGCUCUUGAAUAUUGUCAAGGCCCAUCAUAAAUAAAACAAGUCAAAGUCUGGUAUAAAAUUGUGUUUUCCUGAAAUAUUGCCUCACUUGCUGUAAAAGACAAGGAGUCUCUAGAGUUUGCAAUGGUGAGCAGAUUUUCUAGUGGCUGUCUCACUCUUCUGAUGGUCACUCGGCUCUUACCGUGCAAGCAAAGAUAUGAUUAUCAGGAUGCACAGUUGGGAUUUUGUUGGGUCAUGGUAGAGAAACUUGAUCUUUAACAGAUGUGUGAAUGUGAGGGUGCAAUGUGGUAUUGUUGGUAGACCUGAGUGUAAGCACAGUGGUGGUUGAAAACAAAUGAAAUGGAUAAAGUAAAAAUAAAAGGAUGAAAGUGAGUUAAAAUCUGAGGCCUUUGACACCCUCUCCUGUUUCCUGUUUCGUCAGAACAUUUGCAACAUCUGCUAUCAUUGCAUGUUUUUGUUGCUUCCUGCUGGGAGUGGAUAAUAUGAAUUUACAUUUAAAAAAAUAUUGUAUUUAAAAAAAAAGUUGUAAAAAUAUGUACAAAAAAGACAUAGCUUCGUUCAUUUUUUUUCCCAUCUCAUGAAUAAUAAUAUUGCAACAUUUUUACUACUAGAUACAUUUGGUUGAAGCUGUGAAUAAUCAUUGAGCCACUUUGCUUUAGUUCUGCGUAUGAGUGUCCCUUCAGACCUUUAAUGAUGCCACAACACAGUGCCAUUCGUCAUUUUUAUUUCUUUUUUCAGUGAAAAUAUCAAAAGUGGAAACUUAAAAAAGAAAUCAAGGAACUAUAUUUGCCUGCUUUUAGUCACUGUAGCUGCUUUGGUUGCUAGGCAACAUUGUGGACUUUAACUUUGCAACUUUUUCAAGCAUCAAAUGAUUUCCACGUUUGAGGUUGGAUUGUGUUUUGCUGUGUUUCUACCACACGAUUACGACGAACGAAGUACUGUGCAAUGGCUGCAAUGCAGUGAUAUUAAAGUGACAGUAUACGAUCAAACUCUGAGAUUACAUUUUGGGUUGAGCUGCUGAGCUCCAGAGGGAGGGCGACUUCUUCAAAGACCUCAGCGGGUGCAGGACUCAUGAAGUUUUAAUUAUAGUGGACUCUUACUGUGAAAGGCUUAGGGCACUUUUAUUUUGAAGUUCCCUGAAGCAGUAGUUGCAAUGAAACAUGUAUUAAAUCCACAUUCUGUAUUCUGUUGGUGUUUGACAGUUGCAGGACUUGCGUACCCUUUAUGCUUUUUACCGUAGAAGUGCCCAUAUCUUAAAAAACAAGAAAAGGAAAAUGUUCUUGACAGAUCACACAAGCACACACUUUCAUGCAAAAACACAUUCAGUGCAUCUCCUUGCUGCUUUUUUUUCACUCCUUUCCUUUGAAAUGGCGUCUUUCUUGAGCACAGAAAAACUUUCUCUGUUACUAAAACAUUCUUUCUUUUCCCCAACAUGUUGUUUAGUUUUCUGGCCUCAGUUUAUUUUAUUUUAUUAGUAUUUUUUUUAAUCUGUGUUUUAUGUGCAGUUUUAAUUUAAGUCAGUGGAUGUUUUUUCUGCAUUGUGUUGAACAUAAUACAAUAAAAGUGGUUGAAUGAAUGAAAACAAAAAAAAAGACAUGUAGGGAGUCAUUGGCAGCCUUUAACAGGACGGUUUGCACUAAGUAUAGAGUGUUCAAGCUUCAUAUAAAAAAACAACAAAACUUUGCGCUACAAUAUAAUUAAAUUUGUUACUUUAUUUGUAAAGACUUAAUAAAUAAAAGUUUAAAUGAG